AUGAAUAAAAUAGUCCCAUUAAGAAAAAAUCAGGAAAAUCAAUUAACCAAUUGCAAGACAAAAGGACGAAAGGGGAAAGAGGGAGUAGUUCCCUGUGAGAAAGCGAGACAGAGUUCUAGUUGUUGGGGUCCAUCGCAUUUGGGGCUAAUAAUGCCUGGGCAUCCGACUCCCCGUUCCCGUUCCCGGGAGCUGCGGUUAAUACUCGAUGAUGGGAACGGUCAUCUGCAGAGACAGGGAGACAGGGAACCAAGCCAGGCUCGCGACUCGUUCCAGGUACUGUCCAGUGUCCACUAUCCACCCACUCACACUCACACGAGUCCGGAAAAGCUUCAGCAUCACAAUAACCGUAUCUACAACGCCUCCCCAGGUGGCAACUUACACCCGGGCGAUAAAGGUGACCGUCGACGGCCCCCGGGAGCCUCGCUCAAAGACCCCCGAUUAGGGCUCGCCGACCUGCUGUAUAGCAGGGUUAUGAGGAUCGACGGUAAGCAACUUAUCCUCAAGGAGGAGGAGCGGACUAAGAAGUGGGAGCUGGUAGAAUUUGGAAGGGGUAAGGACUCUGAUUAUGGGGUGUCAAACAAUCACACUGAUUGUACAUUCUGGCGAUCCAACCAGUUGUUUUAUGCUUCACUCCAUCAUAAGAAUGAUGCCCGUGCCCUCGAUCAAGAAGCAAUCGAGAGCUCGGGAAUGAGCAACACUAACACUCUUGGAUCAUCAAAGCUAAGCACUCAUUCCGUGGACCUACUGGAAAACGGUAGUGGUUACGGGUGGGUGCACUUACUCCCAACUAGCAACUGGCAACUUUGCUAUCACUUGCAAGAUCAGUUGCAAGAUGAACAGAAGUGCACGAGAACAAGGAAUGCCUACGCACGAACGGACCCUAUUUACCCAACAAGGGACAGAAACCUUUCCCACGUGCCUGACAGCUUCAAGGAGGAAUGCUGUAUGAUGUAUCUUCAGAAUGAAGCUCGGGAGGAUCUUGCCAAUUGA